GGACAUAUGAGUUUGAUUUAAAGCAAUUGAAACGAAACCAGAACAAUAUCAAAUAAGAACUUAAGAAGCAAAAGAUACCUCAACUAUGGCAUGAGCUGCUUGCUUUAGGGUUGAUCUUGGUUCAAACCACUGAUCUCCUCCACGUCAAGGAGAGGAGAGACAUCGAUAACCGGAGCAAUUGGAUCGACGCUUACGUGCACAUGCAAUUUAGUUUGAGUUUGAUAAUAUUUUCAAUUUAACUAUAAAUAUAGAAACCAUAGCAUGACCUUAGAAAUUAAUGGUCUCCUUUCUUCUCUGGUCUCACUCCAAAGAAAAAAAUGGUAUCCUCCAAAGUUUCCCCCGGGUUUUCUACCUCCGUACCUGCGCAAUUCCCUCCCUACCAACCCCUCCUCCAUUCGGAACCCCAACAACCCCAGUACGUCAUCGUUUUACCGCGCUCCCCUCCCCGUCGUUCCUUCUUCCACCGGAACUGCUUCUUCUGCUCCGCCGUCAUCAUUCUCCUUGCAGUUUCCGUAUUCCUCCUAUGGCCCUCGAAUCCAGAAGUCUCGGUUUCCCGCCUCCAUCUUCGAGGCUUCAAAGUCCACCUAAUCCCGCCCUCCUUCGACAUAACCCUACAGCUCACUCUGAAGGUCCGCAACAGAGACUUCUACUCCAUCGAUUAUAAGUCUUUGGUCGUAUGGAUCGGCUACAAGGGAAAGAUGCUGGGGAACGUCACUUCGGAUGAUGGGCACCUCAAAGCCAGAGCCUCUUCGUACGUCAACGCCACGCUUGACCUCGAAGGAGUUGAGAUCUUCAGCGAUGUGAUUUCGCUAAUCGAGGACGUUGCCAAAGGCUCGAUUACUUUAGAUACGGUUACUCAAAUUAAUGGCCAACUCGGACUUUUCUCCUUUGAUAUCCCUCUGCAGGGAAACGUGUCAUGUGAGAUUGUUGUAGAUACAAAUAACCAAACAAUUUCCCACCAAAAUUGCUACCCUGAGUAAUAACCUGUUGAGGGCGACUUUGUAUCAUAUCUAAUGAAGGGUCGGUCUGCGAAGCACAAAAUGCUAUAAGGAGUUGACGUAUGGGUGUUUGACACGUCGUACACGUGACAAGCUCUGUGACACAUACCUUUUAAAAGUAACAUUCUUUGCACUUCUUUUGAUUUUGAUAUGAUGUAGAAGGUCUGCCCUUGCCCAGACUCGCAUUCGCAUAGUGUUCGUGGCCUUGUGGGUGCUUCAUGGAAUCCGGGAUGCAAACAUUUGGGUUUUUGUGACUUUAUUGUCCUCACUGUAGCUUGUACAUAAGCUUGUUUAUACCUUUAGCUCUUUGAUACCUCUUUUAUCUCUUUUCCUUUUGUGUG